AUGGAGGCAGAGGGGAUGGCGGUGAAGUUUGGGAUGGAAAUGGCUCAUCGGUUUCAUCUGCACUCAAUCGCUAUCCAGAACGACUGUCAGCAGGUGGAACGCCUCAUUACAGGCCAGGUGGUUUCCCAAGUUGAAGUGGGCCAAAUAACAAAAGAGAUCAAGGAGAUGGGCCAGGCCUUCCAACAUAUUGAAUGGAUCCAUAUUCCUAGGAAGCAAAAUAGAGUGGCACAUGAAAUGGCCCAUAUUGCUUGUAAUUGGGAGGAAAUUGAGUGUUGGGUGGAUAGGCCACCAAUUAUUCUAGUUGCUCUCCUUAAUGAGGAGCUAGCUUGUCUAAACAUUGAUGAUUAA